AAUGUGGGACCCUAAUGCAUCUAUUUAAGAAAAACAAAAAAUGGAGUAAUAUAUGAAGGAGAAGAUUCUUGAAACUUUCAACCUAUUUGCUACUGAUAAAAAGGGUUAUGUUGAUAAAAAGUAAUUGAUGACUUAAAAUAAUAAAGAGAAAUUCCAUAUAUCAUGAGAUACUUGGGUAAAUUCCCUAGUGAAGCUUAAGUGAGCAAAACAAUUCUUCCAGCAAUUGAAGAGGAUGAACCUAGUGAGUCAAUCAAAUAUUAAAAAUUUGAACCAUUCAUGAUUCAAAGUAUUAUUGCAUAUACCAUUAUAAUAAGUACUAAAGAGCAAUGAAUAUGAUCCAGAUGACACAGAUACUCUAUUAGCAGCAUUUAGAUAAUUAGACGAAGAAAAGAAAGGAUAUAUUGAAAUCGAUACAUUAAAGUAGAGACUGACUACUAUGGGGUAAAGAUUAUAUUGAUUGAAUAAUUAAGAAUUUAGUUUAGAACUUUAGAAAUUGAAGACUUUGUCAGAUUUGCUACAAAUGGAGAUCCAAAGUAUAAAUUAUUUAUAAAUAUUCAUAGUGCAACUGUUAUUUAUUAUGAAGAUUAUAUUUUGAGAUUACAAUUCUUUAUUGAGAAACACAUGGAAUCAGUAACAAAAUAAUACAAUCCUGAAAAAUGA